AUGAAAAAUUCCGGCCAGGCUCCCGAAAAGGCCGACCCCCUUCAUGUCUCAGGCCCCUCGCAGCAGUACGUCUAUGACCCUUCACGGCAACAUGCCGAGAACCCGCAUCACCCCUCGGGGCAGGGAUACAAUGGCUUCCUAGGCCCAUAUCCAUCGGGCCCAGGGGCGGUUCCUCUCGCCGACAAGCCGUCGCAUGGCUUUGACGGGAUCCAGCAGGGCCAACACCCUGCGCAAACCACCAGGCCAGGCGCCGCGGCCGCGACCAAGAGAAGGGGCCGCGGACUCUUGACCAACCCGCGCAAAUGGUCACUUAAGAAAACGUUGAUCGUGGCCGUGCUGCUCAUUGUGGUGCUUGUUCUCGUCAUCGCCGUCCCUGCUGGCCUCCUGCUGAACAGAAAGCGCAAAUGCAAAUGCCCCGGCUGGUACGACCGCAAGAACAACUACUUCCCGGCGACAUAUUAUCCGUGUGAUGGAAAAGGAAAGGACUUAAACACGAACAGGAUGCCUUCAUGUAACUGGGAAUUCACUGGCCAUUAUUGA